GCAGGUCUACCGAAGGCACAGAGUAGCUCACGCGGACAGUCUCUGGGAGUGCUGAGUCGAUCCUGUCCGGAGCGGCAGAGCGGAGCGGAGCGGCGGGUCUUCUUCAUAUGAACCGGAGCAGCAGCGGAGCCAGGGAGGACCGAGCAGCCGAGCGGGUUAGACUCUGAGCAGGACCGAGAACCGCGCAGCUCCGACCGCACUCAGUCACAAGCCAAGAGCCACGAUGGACCCCAGAGACACGGCCCCUGAUUCCUGGGAACAGGAGGACGAGGCCGCGGCGGACGGGCGGCUGGAGGCGGCCUUCACCGCCCUCAACGUCAACGCCAAGCCGUUUGUUCCCAACGUGAACGCGGCAGAGUUUGUUCCGCCUGCUGCGGUGGGAGCGGAGACGCUGGAACCCGCUGCUCCCGUGGAGAACGGCGACGCAGAGAUGACGGCAGAGGAGCCGUGGGACCAGAAAGACGAAGAGCCGACGCAGGAGGAGCCGGGAGGCGGUGACCGAGGACCAGAGGAAGCGGCCACGCCGGAGGACACGCCUCCUGAAAUGAUGAUGGAGGAGGAGGAGGAGGUGUUGGUGCCAAAGGUACCAGCUGUACAGCCAGACGCUCCCAAGAAGGAGCACAUCAACGUGGUUUUCAUCGGACACGUAGACGCUGGGAAGUCGACCAUCGGAGGACAGAUAAUGUAUCUAACGGGCAUGGUGGACAAGAGAACCUUAGAGAAGUACGAGAGGGAAGCUAAGGAGAAGAACAGAGAAACCUGGUACCUGUCCUGGGCUUUGGACACCAAUCAGGAGGAGCGGGACAAGGGGAAGACGGUGGAGGUAGGCCGGGCGUACUUCGAGACGGACAAAAAGCACUUUACUAUCUUAGACGCUCCGGGCCACAAGAGCUUCGUGCCCAACAUGAUCGGCGGCGCUUCCCAAGCUGACCUGGCGGUUCUGGUGAUCUCUGCCAGGAAAGGGGAGUUUGAGACGGGCUUUGAGAAGGGCGGUCAGACGCGGGAGCACGCCAUGCUGGCCAAGACGGCUGGCGUCAAGCACCUGAUCGUCCUGGUCAACAAGAUGGACGACCCCACAGUCGGCUGGAGCCUAGAGAGCGAGUGUAAAAGGCUGAUCCAGAGUCAGCUGUGCUCAGAGAUGUUGAUCUGUGCUCUCCUGCAGGACAUGGGGACCGUGGUCCUCGGGAAGCUGGAGUCGGGUUCCAUCAGUAAAGCUCAGCAGCUCGUCAUGAUGCCCAACAGGCACGUGGUGGAGGUUCUGAGUCUCCUCUCGGAUGACGUGGAGACGGAGGACGCGGGUCCAGGUGAGAACCUGAAGCUGCGGCUGAAGGGGAUCGAGGAAGAGGAGAUUCUGCCGGGCUUCAUCCUCUGUACCUCUGACAGCCUGUGUCAUUCGGGUCGGACCUUCGACGCUCAGAUCGUCAUCAUUGAACAUAAAUCCAUCAUCUGUCCGGGUUACAACGCCGUGCUUCACAUCCACACGUGCAUCGAAGAGGUCCAGAUCACGGCUUUGAUCUGCCUGGUGGACAAGAAGACCGGAGACAAGAGCAAGACGCGUCCGCGGUUCGUUAAGUUGUGUCUGUCUGCAGGUAAGACCAUCGCCAUCGGGAAGGUCCUGAAGCUGGUCGCUGAGCGGGACUGA